AUGGAGAAGGAGCCUUUGCUUGGUGAAUUGCCUCGUGAGGCUACGAAACCUAAAUCUCGCAGUCUCAUCACGGCGAUACGCCUUCUUGCCUUCACCUUUGCCGCGUCAUUCGCCGGGUGCUACUUCCUUACUGGUUUUUGGCCUCUUGAUUAUGUCGUCUACUCACCAGCUGAGAGAGUACUCAUUCGCAACCCAUUGAUCGAUGGUCACAAUGAUCUUCUUAUCCUGAUGCGAGUCUUGUAUGGCAACCAUAUCUAUGAUCCUGAAUUUACGGACAAGAUGGAGAAUGGUGGUCUCGGUGGCCAAGUCGACAUCCCGCGUAUGAACAAGGGCAAAGUUGGUGGUGCAUUCUGGAGUGCUUUUGUACCUUGCCCGGCCAAUGGCUCAGACUUCUCUGAUGCGGCAUAUGCUCCAUACGUCAAGACCACACUGGAGCAGAUUGACCUCUUCAACCGUCUCUCCGAGAUGUACCCUCGAUACUUCUCACCGGCCGGCGACUCUGCAGCAGCACAUCGUGCCUUUGCCUCGCAUAAGCUGAUUUCUCCUAUGGGUAUCGAAGGUCUUCAUCAGAUCGGUAACUCAAUCUCCACCCUGCGUCUCUACCAUAAGCUAGGAGUUCGCUACGCAACUUUGACCUGGAACUGCCAUAACGCCUACGCAGAUGCAGCUUUGAUCUCAAACUCCGACAACCAGACUGUUGUUGCACCUCCUCUCUGGGGCGGCGUUUCACCUGCAGGCAAGAAGCUCAUCCAGGAAAUGAACAGACUCGGCAUGCUGGUCGACCUCAGCCACGUGAGUCAAAACACCAUGGCCCACGUCUUUGGUCAUGGAGAAGACGGCUGGCAGGGCAGCAUCGCCCCACCAAUCUUCAGUCACUCGAGCGCCUACUCUAUCUGUCCUCACCCCCGCAAUGUUCCUGACCACAUUCUCCCAUACGUCAAGGCCGCUCGUGGCAUCGUCAUGAUCAACGCCAACCCAGAUUUCAUCAGCUGUCGUGCCUCAAACAGCUCUUCUGGUCUUCCUGAGUUCGUCCCCGAGACUUCAACCAUCCAGCAGGUGGUCAAGCAUAUCAAGUACAUCGGAGACAUGAUCGGCUACGACUACGUGGGCAUCGGCACAGACUUCGACGGCAUUGAGAGCACACCGAAGGGCUUCGAAGAUGUGUCGAAGUUUCCCGAUCUGGUGACGGAGAUGCUCAAGCAAGGUAUCAGUGAGCAUGAUGCUGGCAAAGUCGUGGGCAGAAACAUCUUGAGAGUCUGGGCUGAUGCUGAUGCCGUGGCCACUUGGAUGCAAAGGAAGGGCGUCUUGCCUCUUGAAGAUGAGGUCAAGCACCCUUGGGAGUGA